AUGCACAGCAUUGCUUUUCUCGGCCGAAACCAUUUCGUCCUACUUUGGAGAGCCCUAAAAAACGCAAUCCGUCAUCUGCGCGGUGCUAUAAACUCCUCCGCGCCCGAGGUCUUCGACUCUCUUGCUCUCAGCCGACUUUUGUCUAUCAAUGUCGCACAAUGCGUAUCAUGGCCAGAAUUAGAAAAUCCCAUCGAUGUGUAUCCUCCGGAACCGGCAUUGAAAAAGAGAAAAUUACCAUGUCAUGAGGUGCCACCGGAUUUGGAUUUGGCGGUAAGCACAGGUUUUCCAUCUUCCCGUGCCAGAAAGUACACCUCUCUACCGUUUACCCUUCGUUCACCAGGGGUUUUAAACAGCCGUGAUCUCCUUUUCCACUUGAAUAAUAGUCAAAAUACCAAAUUAGAUACAAAUAAAAAUCUUCUGAGCAAUGCUCUUGCAGCCGCAAUCGCCCGAUUAAGCGAACAUCGGUUACUGACUGUUCCGCCUUCACCUACCGUUCAGUCUAAUAUAUCUGAUCCCUUGAAUUUGUUCACAAUGCAAGAGGAUGAAACUACUUCAACUUCUCCAGAAAUUGUACUGUCACCACCUAAACACUGUCGGAUUCCAGAAAGUGUGAUAUCCGAAAUUCAGAGCAGCUAUCAGCAGGUGGGCGAAUCGACUUCUCUUCCUCGGUUCUCUACGUCUCGGAACUCGCGUCCGGAGAAAAGAAUAACCAUGGAUAUGAUUAGGGCUGAUGCGACUCCCAUACGUGUAUGUCAACAGUGCAAGAUGCAAAUAUUAUUUUCCAGUGGCUUUGUGUCUGACCCUACAUCCUCCUCUGACGAGGUCUUUUGCAGCGAAACCUGCAUGCAUAAAUACCAUUCGGUUCCCAGGCUGCACAGGUCCUGCACCGGAACAGCAAAUACUUUAUACGCUGAUCCCUCUAUAGCCCCAGUACCAGUAUUGUUACAGAGUGCGCCUUCUAAACUAUGCAAAACUACAAUGAAAGCGUCUUCCAUUCCCAAGUGUAACCGGCGGACUCAACGUGAAUGGCCUCUCUGCGUCCCAACACAACGCUGGAAGGGGUCGCGUUGGACUAUCUUUUCCUCAAGCAAACCACCUGGCUCUGUCUCGUACGAUGAUUCCCCAGAGGCUGGAAUAAAACCAAAACCACUUGCAUUUGAGGUUCUCGACGGCGCACCUCUUCCUAUUUGCGCACUGUGCAAACGGGGGGUUGACGAGACCGAUGUGUCUAUAGUUGGGCGUUACUUGAACUACACGUGCGACAAGUGGGUUCAUGUUAAUUGCAUCCUUUGGUGUUAUGGGGUCUCUGAAACUAUGGGUGGUUGUUUUAUGAAUGUUGCAAAGGCCUUAGAACAGGCUGAACACCAGCUGUGCAAGCGUUGUUCAUUGCCCGGUGCUGGUGUACCCUGUUUUGCGGGGGAUUGUGCCUACCACUACCACAUUUAUUGUGCUUACGAAAGUGGAUGUUCCUUCUAUGAGGAUAAGAGUAUGUUUUGUCCCAAACAUAAAGACCAGUCAUCAUCAAGGGAGAGGUUGAAGAACUUUGAUGUUAAACGUCGUGUUUAUCUCGACAGGGAUGAGUAUGCCCUAGUCGCAGACGUAAUUGGAACCCAGUGUCUUGCCACCUCGGGUAACCGCCUCUGUUUGCGCAUCGGUACCCUCAUUCUGGACUUCCUCGGACAAUUACUUCCUGAGCACUUGGAAAGUGGUCGGUUUCACAACAGAUCCUUCAUAUACCCUGUUGGUUUCUCCACAACACGCAUUUAUUGGUCAUAUCGGAGGCCUAGUCGUCGCUGUCAUUACAUUUGUACAAUCACAGAUUCCAGUAAAGCAAGUCGGAAUGACAGCGAUCAAAAAUUUCUAGAUGAUCCGCCUUCUACUCACCCCAGCCCCAUAUUUACGGUCGUUGUCAAGGAGCACGGUCUUCCUGACGCACGCUUCAAGGCAGGCGACUGCAAUACGCUAUGGCAGCACAUUCUCCAUCUUGUUCGCGAUAGUCGACAACGAGCUAGUUCAACCGCACUUCGACUUUUGCCCGAGAUGUUGCGAGGUGAAAGUCUCUUUGGCCUUAGUGAGCCUCAUAUCGUACGUGCAAUAGAAUCCUUACCUGGUGUGGAACACCUUACCGGAUACGUGUUUAAGUUCGGCAAGAUGCAACUCAUUUCUCGAAUGCCUGUGAUGAUCAACCCGACAGGUUGUGCUCGCUCUGAGCCAAAGCGCCGGAAUUACGUGCGAAGUUGUGAUCGAGAGCGGGAGCAGGAGCAAGGGCAAGGGACAGUGUCACAUCAGAACCACUCUACUACUUCGCCGCCUCAUUUGGGAUUCCUACGGCCACUAACUCAAAUACCUCGUUACUGCUCUCCCUCCACUUCUGUCUCCAUCUCCCUUCCCUUUGGCUCUACAUCAGCUCCAGCGGGCAAGCAGUCGCCUUCCACACAGUACCGUGCUUUGCAGAGUGAGUGGCGGAACAACGUUCUUCUUGCUCGCUCAAAAAUCCAGGGCUUGGGGCUAUUUGCGUCCCGUGAUAUUGAAAAGAAUGCGUUUAUUAUCGAAUAUCUAGGGCAGCUGAUCCGAAACGAGGUGGGGAAUCGAAGGGAGCGCCUUUACGAAUCUCAAAGUCGUGGGAUAUAUAUGUUUCGUGCUGAUGAUAAUUGGAUCGUUGACGCGACCAUGUACGGCGGUUUGGCGAGGUAUAUCAAUCACUCCUGCGAGCCGAAUUGUAUUGCUGAAGUGAUUCUCUAUGACAACCAAAAACGCAUUAUCAUUAUCGCUAAUCGUUUGAUCAAAAAAGGGGAAGAGCUGACGUAUGAUUACAAAUUGGACGUUGAGACAGACAAGGGAAAUCGGAUACCGUGCUUGUGUGGGUCGCAGCUUUGCCGCAAGUGGAUGAACUAG